GACACUGAUCACGGAGAUAGAAAAACAACAAGGCCUUCUUUUAACUCCAUGCACUGGUAUAUCUGCAUUAGGUUUCUUCUCGGCUGAGUGCCGAGAACUGCAUGAUAUGUAUACCGUCAUUAAAAAAAUAGCACCCCAAAAGCGCCAUCCUGUUGAGGAGCCUGACUAUCGCUGACAAACGAUUUUGGAUGACCCUUCUCCCCUGGCUUAUGCAUACACACAGCGCUUCGUGUGGUAGCGGUGUUGUGCAUAAGUUCAGGUACGAGCGGUGAGGCGGUGGCGACAGAGAGAUCAUCGGAAAUGAAGAGGCGCAAGCACUUGUUAGGUAAUCACAAGAUGGCGGCCACUCCUGGAGUACGUGACGACCAGAACUCGUACGAUGGCUGUGAACUUUGCGGUGCUAUGGAGAACUUAAUGAGGUGCGGAGGCUGUCGGACCGCCUACUACUGCAGCAAGGAGCACCAGAGGACGCACUGGAAGAAGCACAAGCGCGUCUGCAAGUCCAAACCCGCAGUAAAAGACGCAGGCAAAACUAGUGACCCGACCGCGAGCCAACAACCCCAAGUGACAUCAGCGGAAGGCAACGUAAUUAGCAACAACACGUGUGAACCCCGGCAAGCGAACUCAAAGCCGCAAAAGGAGCAGGCGGAGAAACAGAACGGUCUAAACGGUGCUGGCCUCUCUUCAGUUGUCAAAUCGCCGGAUUUUACCAGCUUUAGAAGCAUUUGCCCGAUGUUGCCGGAGGACAACGGUCACAAAGAGCCUGCCGACAACGGCCCUAACGCCCCCGCCAGAAUAUCGCUAGAUGCGAGAAGGGAAAAGGAAAUGGCCGACCACGUAGUCAGGCGGCUAACCACGGACGGAAUCUGCGUUCUGGACAAUUUUUUGGACGAGACGACAGGGGACUCGAUCCUGGAGGAGGUGAGGAAGCUCCGAGAGGAAGGCGUGUUCAGGGACGGGCAGCUGGUGAACCAGUCGACCGCCAACACCGCCAGGAACAUCCGCGGGGAUAUCAUCACCUGGGCGGAGGGGAGCGAGCCGAACUGUCGCCGCAUAGGGUACCUGGUCUCCAGGAUGGACUCAAUAAUCAUGAGGUGCAACAAUAAACUGGGCAAGUGCAAGAUAAACGGCAGAACUAAGGCCAUGGUAGCCUGCUAUCCAGGAGGUGGCUCACGUUAUGUCAGACAUGUCGACAACCCAAAUGGAGAUGGUCGCUGUGUCACGUGUAUAUAUUACCUCAACAAGAACUGGGAUGUACAGAAAAACGGAGGCCUGUUGCGGAUAUUUCCCCAAGGUCGUGACGAGGUAGCAGAUAUUGAGCCCAAGUUCAACAGACUCCUGUUUUUCUGGUCGGACAGACGGAAUCCACACGAGGUACAGGAAGCCUUCGCUACACGAUAUGCUAUAACUGUCUGGUACUUCGAUGCGGAGGAGAGGGCUCGAGCAAUGGCGAGAACGCACAACUCUAUAGGCCAAUCCUGAGCUCUUCAGUUAGAGGCAGUACCUUGAAUGACAGGCAGGGGGCAUCACUGUUAUACUUUCUCGGCAGAGCUCAUAUCAUGACAGGCCUAUAUUGCACCUUAUGGCGUAUGUAGAGCCCUAGUAGUUGUUAAGGAGACAUUAUUUAGUAAAUAGAGCUUCAUAUGAUGUGGUGAUAUGUACUCCUGUAGAGAGGCACCACAGUCCCCUCCUCAUGCAGUGUCCAGACAUGUACAUUGAAAUGAACCUUGAUGACUUCUAAACCGUCAGGAAAAAAAAGAUGAAAACAAACCAAAGAAUUUCAUUU